GUACGACUUUAUCGCCCCCGUUACUGUAUUCCAUCCCAUCUCAUAAAAAUUGCAGGAUCGUGGCUUAUCAAAGAGCGCCUUGAGUAUUACCAAAUUCUCUAUAAAUAUGACUCAGCAUUUGAUGUCUCGUAACUCGUUCAGUUCUGUUGCAUGAUGCAUCACACAUUAGGAAGAGUGGAGCUGAGCUCACAAGCUCCCCUUCCCGCCGAGAUUGAAAUAUCGCCGUCAUCCGGGUAUCUUCUUCAUUCCAGGUGAGGGACAAUUGCUUUAGAACAUUCCUCAAUUGAUAGUGCAACAACUGAAAGCCAGUCACUGGAGUGCUUUGGUAAUUUGAAGAAAGAAAUCGUCCCAAAUACACGAAAGAAAUGGCUACCCCCGUGAGAAGGCCAUCCUCUCGGAAAGGGUCGAUGUCCGAUGUGCCGAAAGACCUCCUUCAGCAGAUCGAGCGGCUUGAGGGACUCUUCACAGUCCCGCAGGAGAAGCUCAAGGCGAUAACGGACCACUUCGUGUCGGAGCUUGCCAAAGGACUGUCGAAGGAAGGCGGAAGUAUACCAAUGAUCCCAACAUGGUGUAUGGGCAUCCCAAACGGACACGAGACCGGCACCUUUCUCGCCGUGGAUAUGGGCGGGACUAAUCUCCGGGUUUGCGAGAUUGUGCUCCCAGAUGCGAAGGGCGAGUUCGACAUAAUACAAUCGAAAUACCGAAUGCCGGAGGAGUUGCGGACUGGAACAGCGGAGGAGCUGUGGGGAUACACGGCGGAUUGUAUCAAACAGUUCAUCGAGUAUCAUCAUGAAGAUGAGAAGCUUGACCAACUACCCAUGGGUUUUACGUUUUCGUACCCGGUCUCGCAGGAAUAUAUUGACCAUGGAGUGCUCCAGAGGUGGACGAAAGGCUUUGAUAUAGAUGGCGUUGAAGGGGUGGAUGUGGUUCCUCCGUUUGAAGCGGCACUCAAAGAGAGAGGUGUUCCCAUCAAACUAACCGCACUCGUCAACGACACCACCGGUACCCUUAUGGCAUCGGCAUAUACUGAUGAUACCGUCAAGAUCGGCUGCAUCUUUGGAACCGGCUGCAACGCCGCAUAUGUGGAAGACUGCGGCUCAAUACCGAAACUCGAGCACAUGAACCUCGACCCGAAGCUACCGAUGGCUAUCAACUGCGAGUGGGGUGCUUUCGACAACGAACACAUCAUCCUACCGCGUACUCCGUACGACAUCAUCGUCGACAAGGAAUCUCCACGGCCAGGCCAGCAGAGUUUUGAAAAAAUGGUCGCAGGGCUGUAUCUCGGAGAGCUGUUCCGUCUGGUCCUGCUUGACUUGCAUACGAACCCAGAAGUCCAGAUAUUCAAAGGCCAAAACGUAGACGAGUUGCAAAAGAUGUACUCUUUGGACGCGUCGUUCCUUUCAGCCAUUGAAGUGGACCCUUAUGAGAAUCUUCAAGAAACCGCGGAUCUCUUCUCCUCAAAACUAGGCAUCCACGUCAACAAGCCCGAACUAGAGCUCUGCCGCCGGCUCGCCGAACUGAUCGGCACUCGGGCCGCCCGACUCACCUCCUGCGGCGUCGCAGCCAUCUGCAAGAAAAAGGGAUAUACGAGCUGCAAAGCUGGUGCGGAUGGCUCAGUCUUCAACAGGUACCCGCACUUCAAAGCUCGAGGAGCGCAAGCUCUACGGGAGAUUUUCGACUGGCCCAGCGACCUGAAGGAUCCGAUUGAGGUGAUUCCUUCAGAGGAUGGGUCCGGCGUAGGGGCCGCACUUAUCGCGGCGUUGACGCUGAGGAGGUUGAAAGAAGGCAACCACGCUGGAAUUCGAGAUCCACAGGCAAUUCUUGCUUCGGCGAAGUCCUAGGACGGACCAGCGGCCGUAUAGUCCCGCUCUAGUAUGGUCGAUGAAGGAAAUGAUGAGGCUAAUCCCGUCUUGAACCAAAUGACAGAUAUGGUUAAGUGAAUAGAUGAAUGAAAACAAAACUUGGAAGAUAGAUAGGUACCUGUGUAGCAACCUACCUCUAAUGAACCUUUUCGCUCUUGGGCCGAGAAGUUUUGUCUUUGCCAAAGUUCACAACUAAAAGCCUAUAACUAAAAUAUACUAUAGUUAAAU